AUGGGGCAAGCACCAGUGCUCAAGUUGCCAGAUUUUUCUAAAAUUUUUGAAGUGGACAGUGAUGCUUUGCAUAUUGGAAUCGGAGGUGUGCUAAGUCAGGAAGGCCAUCCCAUUGCUUUUUUCAGUGAGAAACUUAAUGACACUCGCCAACGCUACUCGCAAUUUGAAUUUGUUAUUAAGCAUAAGUCAGGGACUGAGAAUAAAGUGGUUGACGCCUUGAGCAGGAGACCUCAUUUGUUACAUAUAUCUUCAACUAAUGUUGUAGGAUUCGAUGUUCUAAAAAUAGAGUAUGCCAACGAUGUAGAUUUUGGCAAUGCAUGGAGUGAUCUCUCCAAUCAUGACUACCCAUCUGAUAGUGACUAUAUGUUGCGUAAGGGAUUUUUAUUCUUCAAGUCACGCCUAUGCAUUCCGUGUGGGUCCUUUCGGGAAUUUCUAAUUUCAGAACUCCACGGCGGGGGUUUAGCAAGGCAUUUCGGGUAUGAUAAGACUUAUGCUAUUGUGGUUGAUCGGUUCUAUUAG